AUGUCGACUGUCGGCUGUCGACUGGCGGCAGUCGACUGGCGACUGGCGACUGGCCGAGCGCCUUGCAACCCAACCACGAACACGACACACCACUCGGCACACGCACGCGCGGCCCCAGACAGCAGGAGCCCGCCAGAUUGCCCGCACUAUCCGUCGCGAAGACAAGGACGCCCGCACAUCACGGGGACGCUCACGGGGACACUCGCGGAGACACACACGGGGACACACGACACAAUGCCUGGCCCUCCACCUCCCCCUCCGCCCAUGCCGCCCAUGGGCCGGGGCGCUGGUGGACCUCCGCCGCCGCCGCCAAUGCCUGGGACAAAGGCGCCAGGAGCGAAGCCGCCGUCGGGUGCCGGACGCGGAGCCCUGCUGGGUGACAUAUCAAAGGGCGCAAGGCUACGGAAGGUCGGGGUGGUCAACGACCGCUCAGCACCAGCGGUCGGAAAGGUCAAAGAUGUCGCGCCGGCGAUUGGAGGUGCGCCGCCUGUGCCUGGCAUGGGGAGGCCGCCGGCGCCGCCGGGAGCACUGGCGCCGCCUGUGCCUGGAGGGGGCAGCCGGGCGAGAAGCAACAGCGACACUGGAGGCGACGGCGCGAUGGCGGCGCCGCCUCAGCUGGGCGGACUGUUCGCGGGGGGAAUGCCGAAGCUGCGGAAGUCUGGCGGCGUGAAGACGGGCGCCGACACAAAGUCGCCGUACAUGUCCGACCCAGAGACGGCGCGACCACCACGGGGCGCCGCACCGAAGCCCCCGGGCGCCCCUCCGCCUCGGCCUGGCGCGGCGCCGCCAGCACCACCGCCGUUCCCGGGCGCGCGUCCACCGCUCAGGCCUGUGGGCUCGCUGGCCUCGAGCAUAAGCGGGAAGCCGAAGCCGCCGCCGCCAAUUGGCAAGAAGCCGCCCAUGCCUCCUCCGUCGUCUCGAAAGCCGUCUGGCAUGGCCCCGCCGCCGCCAGCAUCGCCUGCUCGAGCGCCGCCUGUCCCCGGCGGCGCGCCUCCCGCGCCUCCGCCGCCGCCGCCUGGUGUCGUGCCUCCUGCGCCGCCGCCGCCGCCGCCGCCACCGCCGACAGCUGCGCCGCGAGCCCCUUCGCGAUCGACGCCCCCUCCUCCGCCGUCUGCACCGCCGGGCAGACCGCAGGAAGACGACGACGACUACGACCCAUACCGCUACGACACGUCGCGAUCUCGGUCGCCCUCGGCACCAGCGCCGCCACCGCCCACAAACGGCCACGUCCCCUCGCUGGCAGAACAGGCAGCCCGGAAUGCAUUCGGCCAGGGCCGCGCCACGCCGGCAGCCCCCCCACCGCCGCCCCCAGGCGCCGCGCCAGCCCCUCCUCCGCCACCAGCAUCAGCAGCCACACCGCCGCCCCCACCCCCAAGCGCUCCACCAAGUCGACCCACAUCACAGGCCCCGCCGCGCUCAACAAUGGACGCGAGCAUGUACACGCUGUCCAACGGCGGCGCGAACCUGCGCAGCCCCACGGGCACGCUCGGCGGCGCCGGCCACAAGGGCACCAUCACGCCCGUGCACGACCUGCGCUGGCGCUUCCAGCCCGAGAACUCGUUUCCCGCGCCCCGCCCGUUUACGGGCGGCGCGAAGCGCUACAGGGCGGGUCGCGGCAGCAGUGUCCCGCUGGUUCUCAGCGCGUACGAAUAG